AGCACUAUGGUCCUCUUUUGAUAUGGCCUUGUUCUGAAUAUGUGCAAAUGAGGGAUAUGGCUAUAGAAUGUUCACUCACAUUUGCAAAAAACGUGGGGAGGGAUUUGCCUCAGUCUCAACCAGUUUUUAUUUUGGAAGUAGAGGAUUUUAGCUGCUCUAGCCUGCAGGGAAGAUGUCUAGCUCUCCUGGUGGUCACACAUAAUGGCAGGGGUGAGUCCAAGCCCCAUGCUCCUAGUAGAGCCCACUAGAGCCCUCAUUGAUGAGAAACUACAGAUUGUGGUGAAGAAUGUUUUUCCCUAAAAAAUAAGAUGACCCUUCGUUCCUUUCAGCGCUCUGAUGGGAGGCGUUCGGCCAUUAUGCCAGUGAUGAAACAGGGAUGGUCAAAGGCAAGAACAACUAUGUUUUUGGGCUUGGGUUCCUACUUGUUGUUUUGCCAGAUGUUACUAUUUAUGGUUGUUAUACUUCAUGCAAUUUUUUUUUUUUUAAAGUACAGUAUUUUGACUUGUUUAUCAACUGUACAAAUUGCUAUAGUAAAGCAACUGAGUUGUGUUAUUGUACUGUAUCGUGUGUGAAGUUGCUGAGGACAUCCGUUUCAGCGGUUCUUAUGUGGGCUUAGAGUCCAUGGGCUUACUGUGGAUCAUGAGGCCAGUGUCUGGCAGUGAAACAGGACUCCGGUGUACACACAAACACAUACCAAAUGACAUAAGAUAUGCCUCUGCUCCAGUAUGAAUUCUGAAUUAUUUUCAGUUAGCUCUCUCUUCAUAGUUGACUGUUUCUUUUCUCUCUGUAACACUGUAAACAAUUAUUUUACAGGUGCUCUGUAGACACAACCCUAUUAUCCAACAUAUGUUUUGAUAAUUCAGCCCAGAUGUAUGGUGUGUAUAAGUGACAGCCAUGUUUUCCCUUUCAGAUUGUCCCUUGUGUCAAUAGCUGACAAGUACAACACAAAUAUGCACAAGAUGCACUUUGAUGAGAACAACCAUUUGAUCUGGAGAGACAUGAUCCAGCCCAUCACUGAGAGUGGCCCUAAAGUAGAGGUCAGGAGGUUAAAGUGUCCAUUACUGAUGGUCAUUGGAGAAGCUGACCAGAACUGUGCCACUGCAGGAUAUGCGCAGUACAGUAUGUUGGAGAGGGCAGGGAACGGUCACCUGCUGACAACUGUGUCCUACCCUGGGGCUGGUCACCUGAUCAAACCUUUCUACUCCCCUCACUUCCGCUCCAGCACCUUCCUUAGGCUUUACACCAAGAACAGGGUCAAAGUGAUCAUGUUGUGGGGAGGGAAGUCCAAAUGGAGGAGGAUCCUGGAGUUCCUUCAGAAGAACCUGUACCAAAGACAGGACCCCUCUGUCCCCUCAGAGCUGUGAGAUCCUCCUGGACUAUCUCCAUUAUAGUUGUCGCUUCUCUAGCUUCAUUAUCUGUCAGGGCCCUAUUCUUGAAAUUAAAGAGAGACAAUAUUGGUUGGAUUUGUUUUUACUCACCAGGUGGCAGCAUUGUACAGUCUCUUAAAUGACUGGUCUGCUGCUCGUAGUUAGUAGUAGUCAAUGUCCUGACAAUGACAAGGAGGAAGAAGAGGAGAUGGUCGACAUCCGCCUUUCAUCAAAGUCCUUAUGGGGAACCCUUUCUGUUUAAAGACCUUGGGUCAGACCUUGGCUGCUCGGUCAUGGUUGAGUUGCGGUCUUCUAGCCAGCCUGGUUUGGAUUCCAAACUCCUGUGAGGUGAUAUGAAGUGUUAUUGAUAUCAGCUGAGUUGGAGAGAAUGAACACCGCUGCCUUUAACUCUUAUCAACUGCAUAACUUUUUUUUUUUUGAGAUGUGACCCAUAUAUUCUCACUUCAGAUCACUUCAUUCUGGCAAAGGGGACCGAUGGCGUAAACAUCUCCAUGUGUUGCUCAUAUAUUAAACCAAUAGCCUGGUCCCAGAUCUGUUUGCGCUGUGUUGCUCCUAUGGUCAUUGUCGUCCCAAACAUCGUCAUGCACAAACAGAGCUGGGACUACGUAGGCUACUAAACCAAUGCCGUCUCUAGUGAUGAAGGAUAAAAUCCCAAUUUGGCAACCUGCCGUGCUAUUAAACCAAUGCCUUCUCUAGUGAUGAUGGGUAAAUACCCAAUCUGGCAUCCCGCCGUGCCAUUAAACCAAUGCCUAGUGUAGUAGUUUAAGAAUAAAUACCCAAUCUGGCAUCCCGCCAUGCCAUUAAACGUUUACAGACUCA